AAGUGUGAUCAUAAAAGAAGGAAAACGGAAGACAGCAAUUCUACAACUCUUCUUUAUUUUGUGCACGUUUUUAGUGUAUUUCUGCAUUCCUGCAUAGUUUCUUUUAAAAACCCAUCAUGCCCGUAAUUUGUGCUGCACCGGGGUGCAACAAUAAGUUUGUUAAGGGGUCGGAGAUAAGAUUUUACAGAUUCCCUCUUAGCAAACCUCAGCUUGCCACCAAAUGGGUCCAGAGCCUGGGGAUGAAAAACUUCAUCCCCACCCCCAACACUUGCCUCUGUUCUGAGCACUUCAGGACCGACUGCUUCAGGGACUACAACGGAAAGCAGUUCCUCAGGGAGGACGCAGUGCCCACCAUAUUUGCCCCAGGACAGGAGACUUCAAAGAUUGAACUCCGUAAAAGAGGAGUAAUACCAAAAGAAACAAAUGCAUCAAAUCAGAUGGGAAUGCUGGCAGACAGAGACAGAAUGAGAGAGACAGUCAUGCGUAGAGAAAAAAGAGGAGGAAUGAGGGGAGGACGCGGAAGCCGAGGAGGAAAACAGCUGUCUGACAGGCAGAACGUUGCAGCCAAAAGCAGAGUAUACGACAGCAAGGGCCGGCUGCUGUCCAACGGCAAAGACAUGUGCGACUGCCUGGAUGUGGACUGCAUGGGUUGCUUCUACCCCUGCCCCGAGUGUUGCUCCAGAAAGUGCGGUGUGGAGUGCCGCUGCGACCGAAAGUGGCUCUACGAGCAGGUGGAAGUGGAAGGUGGAGAAAUCAUCCGGAACAAAUUUGCAACUUAGCUACCAUUGAUGCCUUUUUUUGUUUUUUGUUUAAAAAAAAUAAAAAUUGUUAUUGAUAUAUCCUUAUUAUUUCCAGUGAACUUCAGCCUGUUGAAAUAUUUUACAGUGUGAUACUUUGCAUAAAAAAGACAAUGUAGCUAUUAUUUAAAGGUGUUUUCUAAUUAUGCCAACAUGUGUUAAUAAACAUUUUCUUUAUUUUGCAA